AUGGUGGAGGUCCUAGGCGCCUACCCGGCUCGCCCGCCAACUCCUCCCAAGGCAUCGCAGACUUUGUUCCUACGAAAUGCAGGAUUCGCGCCAGGUCAACAGACCAUCCUCAAUACACCGGGCGAUUCGCCAUCGUCGACAGCCGAGUCAAUGGUACUUAGAUCCAACAAGAAAGUCAACUUCUCUCCGAUCACGAGUUACAUCAAACCCCCGACAUUUUCCAGCCGCGCGUCGAUGUCGAGUAACGAAGUACGACCCAUUCCUCCCUCAAACGAGUGUAAGCCGGCAAAGUCGAUCCUCAAAACAACGGCUGUGGAUAUGCUCCCAAUGGAAGUGAGCCAGCCGCAGUCUUUCGGCGUGCUGUUAGAUUCAACGACACAGCAAUUAGCUGGAGAAUCUCUGAGCUCACGAGUGGACGCGUAUAUGCAGCUGUUAGGUGCUUUGAAGGCAUAUGACAACAUUUCCGAGCAGGAUGACAUGUCAUCGAAAGUCGGGCUUCUGUUGCAAUUUGUACAGCGUGAUAUUAGCCGCGACUUGGGAAAAGGCGAUAUUGUGGAAAACAACCUGGUCACCAAUGCAUUGAAGCUGGGAAUUUAUAUCAUUUGGAGCCAGCAAUUGGCAGCGCAGAUUCCCGACGAAUUCAAGAUAUUCAUAAUCGACCACGCAUUGAGCGUACUCCAAGAAGGCAAACUUUCCAAGGCCAUUCUCAACCACUACGUUCAUAUUCUUUAUACACAAAACUUCUCCCCAAAGACCAUGACAAAUUCACGAAUUACACGAGUCUUAGCUGUGUUGAACGAUAUCACUGAUCGCGUGAAUGGAAAUGGUAUUAUUUCACAAAGGUUGGGGGUUUAUACCAGGUUGCUUGGCCAGUCAAAGACCGUCAUGGCCUCGCAGGCAUCGCUAUGGAUAGAGCACCUCAUUUCAGGCCUGCUUCAUCCCGUGAAGGAUACCCGAUCGAAAGCCUUAGUUCUCGGUAGCCAGACAGCCCUUUUAAUAGGGCCCAACCUGGUCAUUUCAAAGACCAUACUGGAUAUCUUCAACAAGGAAAUCUCUCAAGAUAGGAAGCUGGUUUCAGAAGUAUGUGAUCGAAUGAGCCGUAUGAUGUCUCCCUCGGAAAGUGGAGUGCAUGUGCCUCAAAUUUGGAGUAUUAUAGUCUUGCUCCUGAGAAGCAAACGGUUCAAUAUUGAACAUUGGGAAUAUUUCAAGGAAUGGGUUCUAGUUCUACAAAGAUGCUUCAAUUGCAGCGAGCCUGCGAUCAAGUCACAAGCUACCAUCGGCUGGAACAAGUUUGUCUAUAUGGUGACUUGUAACGACUCGACUAGCAGGAGCAUGUUGAAAAUGCUUACGAGGCCCAUUCUCUCCAAUUCCGAGCGCAAGCGCAGUGACAAGUCUGGUGCAAGCGCUAACUCUUUAUUCCUCUCGAGCUACUACAAUCUCCUCUACUAUUCUUUCAGACCAAACAACACAUUUGAUCACAUUGAUUUCAUUUGGGAAGAGUACAUUGCUCAGCCCUUUGCCAACGUUUUCGCUAGCAGCCCACAGCUCAAUGAUGCGGCCUGCAAAGCACUGGCAUCUCUUAUCUGGACUUCACAAUCAAAGAUUUGGACCGAAAAUAAGAUUCACGAGGUGCCUAAAAUGGAAGUCGACUUCAUACUCCCAAUCGAUUGCAGAUGGAUCAGAUCGCGCAUAGUGUCGGUAGUCGCAGCCCUCGAAAUUCUAUUGGGUGCAGCAGAUUGGAAAAAUAUUCAGAUUGUUUGGACCCAUAUCUGCAAGGCACUUUCGGACGCCUCCAGCAAAGAAAUCAAACCAUCAUCCGAACUGAUGCACGCAAUAUCCAUAAUACUCGGACUUUUUCAACGACUCGGACAUGCAUCUCCUUCCGCACUCAAUGCCGAUACGGGCGAUAUUUUUAUAGAGCGCUUCACAUAUCUCGCAGCAACGCUCGUUUCGACAAUCGGACCUUCUCCUUUCACCGAGACCUUAUUAUUGAAGACUUCUCAAGAAACAUUCCAGACUGCAAAUACACCAACACAUCGACGCUCUCGAACAGAUCGCAAUUCCGACACACCCUUCAUGCACAUAUUACGUAUGAUAAGCUCGUAUGGAGAUUCAUCCCAGCCAUCCAAAUCACUUCUAAGCCUGAUUGAUAACCUUCUUGAGAUCGCGUCGAAAGGCCGGCAGUCGAGAGGAUCUCGCCUUGAUUUCUUGGAAAGAUGCACAGAACCAAGCUUAGAUGAGGAUGGACCAGAUGAAAAGGCGUCGAAGCUGGACUCGUAUAUCUGGGACGCAACAGCGAAGUUUACAGUCGACUGCUUGGGUUCGUUGCCAAUGGAAACAUUGCGAGAACGUGACGGUACAAUCUCUCGAGAUUACAUCAAUAUAUCGAAUAUUCUCCUACGCGGUCUACACUUUACGAGCUCGCCCACAACAUGGAAUGCGCUUCUUGAGUCUUACAUACGCAUUGUUCGAACUGAGAAAGGCGAGCGUGGAAUAUCAUCUCUCGUCAUUGAGCCCAUUGCGCAACAACUCAUACAAUUCGAUCGUGUUCGACCCUACCUUCCCAUGAAGGCUCUGAUCAACCAAGCACUAUCUCUUGCAUAUUAUCAACAAGGCAAAUAUCCCGCGACCCCGAGUUCUAGCCAAACGUCUUCAUUUUUCUUUCCCGAGAAACUUUUGGACCUUAUCCGAAAAGUCCUUGCCGAUUCUUACAACCAUUUCAGUUCUGCCGACAGCGUGAUAUUAGCGGAGGUUAUCGAGUCUUUGACGUCCCUUCUAGGAAGUGGGACAUUGCAAUUUCGCUACAUGCUUUUGGAAUAUCUCCAGAGCCCAUUAUCGCUAUGGUUACGAGACGCUGCUCGCUAUCUCACCUCAGAGAAUGGCGCAGACAACAGACUACUUACCGCAUAUCGAACGCUGUCGCUGGCGAUUGCAAAUGCCUUGCAAAUUGCUGUUCCGCAUAAUACAGCAUCGCUGCAUGCUUUUGAAGCAAUCGUUUCUGCUGGCCUGGAAUCCGUACAUAAAUCAACCACGAACCGUUUCAUUGAAAUGUGGAACGCCACCUUUGGUCUUCAGGAUUUGUCAAAUUAUCCUCCUGGUGUUCAAACUGCUCUCCAGACCCUUGAGCCUCUAGUCAAGCUGCAACUACCUUGCCCCCUACCUCGCCAUCCCGAGUCACAGGAGAUUCGGGUGCCAGACUUCGUCGAAUCGCAAGAUACCUCAAGUGGCGCACCAUUAACAAAUCAAUUUGGCAGAGUCCUAAGAGAAAUGAAUAUUCAGAAUGCGCGACCGACUACAUUCAGCUCUUCACCCAUUAUUCAAUCAACGGAUUGGGGCCAGUCUCUUGUGUCACCCCCGCAAAAGGUGGACAGUACACCUCGGAGACGGCUGCGCCAUGACAAUUCUCAAAUACAGUUUGUCACAGUGGAUCCUUCGCCUCGCUCUUCGAACAUGAAAAGCCAGCUUCUUACCGAACGCCAACAAGAAGUGAAAGAAAGACAGCGUGGUACCACAUCCAUGUUCCUCGACGGUCUGGGUUCAUCAUCGCCAGCCGCACCCGGUCCAACUGAAGAUGAAAAUGUUUUAUCCACUGUGAAGUUGCCAAAAAUACGAGACACUGUUCGCGAGGUGGAAGCUCCAUCAACUCCUACACUGGCUGCUCAUUUGCAGGAUAAUGACGACGACUUUCCUGGGUCGUCUCCGACACCCGCAACACGGGAUCAGGGACAUCUUGCAGCACAAGGCACCCCCGCUUUAACUCUCGAAAAGUUCGGAAAUAUUCAAUCAGAUCCACCUUCUUCUCCCCCUGAGAUGUCAACCGGUUCGCCUAGGAACAAAGUAUCAACUCGACAGGAUUCCUCCCAACAAAGUACUACUUCACAGAAGUCCAAAACUAAGCGCAGCCCAAAGAAGAACAACCGAAGACGCCGCAGCUCUAGGAUAUCGGACCACAGCGCAAUUGAAGAAUCGUCUACUGAGACUGUUUCAAGCGUAGUAGAAACAACCAUACCGCAAGCGAAUGAUACCGAAGUACCCAAUGAGCCUACAACAGCCAGUGGGGUGGUGGAUGUGAUACCUGACACGUAUGCCGAUGAGUUUGAACAACAACUUGCCUCACAGCUGGAACAAGACCUGGAGUUGGCUGUGGAUUCGAAAGACCAAGACGAUCUUGAAUCGACUCAAUCUUCAGAUAUGAACCUACCACGUGGGCCCAUCACUCGGAAACGAAAGCGUAACGCUGAGACCGGAGAGGCCUCAAAUUCAGACCGCGUAAAGCGGCGUGUGUCUGAGAAAGACAAAACUGCUCGCCUGGAAAAUGCACGAGAAAAUUCAUCUGAGAUGGAAAAUGUCAACUUGAAACCAUCUACACCGCAAGCAUCGGUAGCGAGACGGAACCUUUCCACUCCACAAUCGUCCCCGCUCAAGAACCAAAUCAGUGUAGAUGACUUGUCUGAUAAGGCUACCGAUUCAGGUUCGAUGAGAAGGAGUGGACGCCUCAAUGCAGCUGCUGAUAGAGAGAUUGCAUCUUCUCCUAUAAAGUCCAAAAGAUCUAGACAACGAAAGCGCAGGUCUUUGCGACUUAGUGGAGUUCCAGCUCUUUCCCCGCCAGUAUCGGAUAAAGCAUCCAAAGCUCAAAGGCGGAAACAGACCAAGCCCAACGAUCCCAGUACAGACCAGGCGGAAUUUUCUGAGACCGGUUUUGAGGACAGCCAAAUGCAAGACAUUAGCCUGCUGGAUGAUGAGCCUGCAAACUCUGCCCCUGAAGGCGAUCUGACGAAGGAGAUAUCCUCAGCUCCAGAGGCCGACGACGUACAGAACGAUAUAGUGGCCGAGAGCGCAGUGAUUGAAGAGGUUCCAGCCUCGGCUGAAAUGCAGACUGAACAGCAAAUUCAAGAGCCGAUCGAAGAGUUUAUCGAAUAUCAGGUUGCUGAAGCGGAUGUUGAGAUGGAAGGGAUAACUGUUGAAAAUAGCAUCGUCGCCCAAUCACCAGCGGUCGACAUCGACGAACAUCGGCGUUACGUUUCUCAAGGAGUCCAAACGGACGAUGUCAUGGUUGUCGAACCUAUAACUGAGCCCACUCAAACCGGCAGCAGUAUUCUCGAUUCUCUGCGAAAAGUCUUGACUGGCAUCAAGAACGUCACAUUUGGAAGGAAUGUUCUCCGGGAGAUUGAUGAUGUGAUGUUUGAUCUCCGAAUGGAAGCGCACGAGGCAGCGCGAAGAAGUCAGGCUGAAACCUAG